AUGCACCCCGACAUCUUCCCCAACCCCGAAGAGUUUGACCCAGAGAGAUGGAGCCGGGCCGCCGCCAAAGGCGCUCGCCUGGACAAGUACCUGGUCAACUUUUCCAAGGGGACCCGCAUGUGCGUCGGGUUAAACCUCGCAUAUGCAGAGCUCUUCCUUGUGAUUGCCACAAUGGUACGACGUUUCGACAUGGAACUGUACGAAUCACCCAAGGCGAGCAUCGAGCUGGCGCGAGACUUUGGCACUCCAUGGCCUGACAAGGGAGGCCUGAGCGUCAGGGCUAUUAUUACCAGAGUCAUUACCGAGUAG